AUGACCGAUGCUGCUUUGCAGACGGUGGUCAAGGAGAUCCAGUUUGCAGCUGGCUGCACCGAAUACAAGGCCAAAGUCAAGCUCAUGGAGGCUAAUCUCUCGCAGCGCGACGCAUUGAUGCUCAUCUCCGACGAGCAGCGCAUGAUGGAGCAGGAGGCCAACGAGCGGUACGAGGAGAUGAUGAAAGGCUUAAGGGAAAUGCAUCAGCAGCAGUUGAACGUGGACAACUUCCUGGAAGACUUGGAGUACGUCUGCUGCGAAAGCUUCCUUUCCCACGAGGAGGAGAUAUGCUUGAGAGUGCUCAAGGGGGAGCGGCUGAAGCUCUACUACCAAGAUCCGCUAGAGUCGGACUACCUGGAGCAUGCCGGCGGAGGGUGGGCCUACGUCGGCUUCAAAGACAACAAGCAUACUCACGGAUGGAUACCUCAGGAGUGCAUGCAGGUGGCGGUGAGGUCGCCUAAGAAACGGGUGCAGUGGCAGAGAUACAGAGUGAGAGAGAGCUGGUUCGCGCAGAAGCAUCACGACAUCGACGGGUAUCUCCGUGUGAACACAGGGGACACCAUCGAAAUGCUGGAGACCGUGGAAGCAGGCGCCUGUUCUUGGGUUUAUUGCUACGAGAUCGAGAGCGGCGUGGCGGGCGAGAUCCCUGAGUCAAGGGCUCAGCGGCUAAAGCAGCUAAGGCAGCUAAAGCUUCAAGAUAAAGCCUGGGGCCUAGGGCCCGGGAGCCUGUUUCGAUCUUCGCCCUCGGCCGCCAAGGCAUUGCCUGGAGUGAUUCUGCAAAGGGCGACCCAAGCCUCCGCAACGCCCACCUCUAAGCAACGCAUAAGCAACUUAGCCAGCGAUUUGGAUCUUCUGUUCGCAGCUCAGAACCCAAAUCGUGCGAUUUGCGAUUUUGGCACAUGUCCACAAGCAAUUGGAAAGCUAUUUGGAGGUUGCGAGUCCAAAUCGCUGGCGUUUUGCGAGAUUUGCGAUUAG